AUGUUAAGGAUCGUGCUAUAUCUAGUGUGUUGUUUUGUUUUGUCUAAUGCCGCAACAGUAUCUUACAUCACACCAUGCAAGCCGGAUGAUAAACCGUGCAUGAUUGCCAGCGCCCAAGCAGCCAUACCUCACGUCGCGAACGGCAUCCCAGAAUUCCACGUGCCCGUCCUAGACCCAAUUUCUAUUGAAAGCGUGCGCAAUGACGGCAAAGAUUUACAGCUGGGCUUCAGAAACCUCCAAGUUUAUGGUACAAGCAAAUGCAAAGUUAUAGAUCUCACGCGUGGUUUAGGCAGCAAGCCUACGAUUUCAAUGACUGUGGAGUGUCCCCUGAGAUCAGUGGGCCAAUACGACUUAAAAGGAAAAUUGCUUUUCAUUGAAGCGUUUGGUGACGGUGACUUCGAGAUCAAGACAAACAAAGUAAGGAUUGAUGUCAUGACGAGGACUAAGGAAAUAGAGGGCGCUGAUGGCAAGAAGCAUUGGAAGGUAACCGGCUUCGACUACACUUACGACCUUGUCGAAAAGGUUGACUUCCGAUUGGAGAACCUCUUCGGAGGUGAUGAGACCAGAGCCAAACCAAUAUUGGAAGUGCUAGAACACAGCUGGAAGGAAAUAGUCACAGAAUUGGGGGGUCCAAUCAUCCAUGAAUUGUUAUCGAAAGCUAUACAGGCAGUGAACAAAUUCUUCUAUGUGGUUCCCGCAGACAAUUUAGAGAUUGCUUGA